UAUUGAAAUCUGACACAUUAUUUGUACACAUUUAUAUUUUUGAUGGCGGGCAACAUGACCCAGGCCACAAAAACGGCGGCUCGAGGGUCUGAUAAAAUGAACUGAAGUAGCCUCGUUCAGCAUAUCUCACCUCUCCCUCUGUCAGAGUUGAUCAAUUUUCAAUUGCGUCUUCUUUAUCGGAUUUUACAACUGCCACACCUUAAACAGCUAUAUAAUUGAAUUAGGUAACCAUGUAGACUAUUUCAAAGUCUACCAGACCUGAAAUAAUUUACUUUCGACAUCACCGUUUUUCCCCUUCGACCGCUGCACCUGCCAACAAAAUGAUACAAAUAAUAAUGGUUACGAUUUUUAAACUUAUCCUUGCAAGUCAUCCGAUACCAAAAUAAUUUUUACAAAACGGAAAUAUGAAUAUUUAGUGGCGUAAUAUUGUAACAAGUUGAUACACAGUUCCAGGAUCCAAUGACAAAGACAAACGGGGUGUGAUGAAGACAGAGGAGGGCUGUGCUUUAAACGCUGAACGGAAGACGUGGAUAUCGAAACUUAGAGGUUCAGCCUGCGAAGGACCUCACAGACUGACCUUCGUCUAAAAGGUCUGAUUUGGAGUCCAGAUUCAGGAUCACAAAGAAGAAGCUGUUGGGUUUUACUGUUUAAAGCAGUGCAAAAAUGUCAUUUACACGUGAGCAAUUUUAUAAUGAGGCAAUCAGGCCGAAUUUGGCUCGUUUUUCAUCAACGGUCAAAGUGAGAGAUAUCUUACCUCACAUUCAAUGCCUCACACUCACUGAUAGGGAAGAGGUCGAAGCCAAGAGAGAAACUUCUGGAAAUUUCACUGCUAUGCAGACACUUCUUGACAAUCUGCGGAGGCGAGAGAAAUGGCCUGAUCAGUUCAUCACUGCACUCCGGAACUGUGAACAUAGGGAACUGGCUGAUGAAUUAAGUGCUACUUAUGAUAGGAUCAGGGGGAUCACAAAUAAUGCUGCUCCUACACCCAGACAAGCACCUGCUCAGGCUCCUUCUUAUACUUCAGCUGGUGCCACAACAACCAUUACCACAGCAACAAUUCAUACAGUCCCAGCAAACACUUCUCCACCCUCAAGGGGAGCCCCAGCAAGUUCAACUGCCUCUACCAACACUGCAGCCCCAGAACCAUCUCCUGCUCCUGUUCUCCAGGUUCCAGAGACACAGCAGGUGCAGAACCCGCCUACUCCAGUUCCAGCACCUUCUGCUGAACCAAUUUCCCAAGCUGAUAUCGUUCCUCCUUCCCAACCACCUCUUCCUACUGCAGCCUCAGUUUCAAAAGUGCCUUUACCUGUUCAGCAAAAUGUCACAACCCACACAGGGGCAGAUGAGAACAAAACACCUGUUUUAGAUAGUUCAGGUGGUUUGGCUUUAACAGACCAAACCACCAUCUAUUCAUCAAAUGGCGAAGGUCUCCUCUCCACCUCAAAUGCUCAAACAUCCUCCUCAGACACUUCUACUUCUCAAAGCCAAAUGACAAAGACUUACACCACCUCCCAAACUUCUCCGAAGAUAAAGAAAACCCAGGUGCCAUCAGAAGUCAAAUACAUUGGCACUUCUGAAAGACUCCCUGUCCAAGACACAUAUCCCUUUCUGAGAGUGGAAAGGACAUUUCAGGAGCCGGAAGAGAUCUCUGACCCAACUGCAAAUGAGGUUGUUCAAAGGAACAACACUGUUAGAUUGCCAGUUUUUAAUGCUCCAACAAAUUCUACUGGAACAGCUCAGGCAACAUAUUUUGCACCUGCAGAGGUGGUUAUGCACGUUCCCUCCAUCGACCAGGAAUAUUUCAGCAAACCUGGCAUCCUUGAGCAUUCAGAACUCCAGCAGAACAGACCAGUGACUCUUCCUGUCUCGCAAGAGGAGCCUUGCUCAGUGGUUUCAGAUGAUUUGGAGAUCAGCAGAUCGGUGCAAGCAGCCGAGCCUUCCACAGAACCUGGACCGUCUACUAGUCUUGCAGACCAGAACUCUGCAUCCCUUGCUUCCCUUGGUUCUGCUACUCAGUCCUUUCAAGACCCUCCAUACACUGCUGUUUCCUUGACCCUCAACGAGCCUGAGGAGGACCACUAUGAAUCUCUCUACGACAAUCAUACACGGAUAAAUGUAUUUCAAUUUGCUGAAGAGCCAUCUACUGAAAAUAUGAAUGGUCAGCCGCCAAACAUCCUGCAACGUAGCAGAGUCAUCUCUAAAGACAACAAUACCCUGAACUAUGUUGGCAAAGAAAGUGCGGUUUAUCUCUCUGAACCAUUUGGGCAUGACUGUAAGAAGUCAACCACCAUCAAAGUUCGAGAGGAAGAAUCCAGUGCUGCAACGCCAGAGCAGAGAGGAGAGGGGUGCCCUGAGUUAUUCAGGAUAAACAAUGGCCACCUUAUUGCUGCAGCAGGGAUUGGUCUUACUGCUUUUUUCUUGGCCUGGAAGUUCACCCACAAAUGAAAAUUUUGUCAUCAUGUACUCAUGUUGCAUGAAACCCAUAUGAGUUUUCUUUUUCGAAGCAAAAUGUCCAGACUGCUCUUUCCAUAAACAACAGUGGAUAAUGAUAACUGGUGCUGUCAAGCUCAGAAAAGGACAAAACAUACAAUAAAAGUAGUCAGAUGUUUGCUAUAUUCCAAGUCUUCUAUAACCAUUUGAUAGCUUGCUGUGAGGAACAGACUAAGAUUUUAGUUGUCCAAUAUAAUAUCUGUCGCCUGUGGUUUAUCCUUAUGUAUUUAUUUAAAUGAGUGUGUAUAUAUAGGACUAUGUAAUCAUGGUUUGCCAUGUGCCUUACAUACAUAUGCCUUGUAUGCUAGGGCCGAUAAUGAAUGCCGUUGCACCUUUUUCACUGCUAUUAAAUGGAGUGUCAUGGAGCUUUAAAAUAAAUUGGAGAACCCAGCUUGACAGGCAUUAUAGUAUUCAACAAUUUAAUUUAUUGUGAGUUGUGAGAAGUUGCAGGAAUACAUCCUGUGAGUGACAGACCAUGAAUAUAAGGAGCUGUUGCAUAACCUAACCUAUCGGACAUGUCUAAAAAACUCAUUUGGAACAUAUUACAUGGACUGGACAAUUGAUCCAACCCUCUCCACUAGCCCCCUUAACAGAAGACUCACAGGAGUGUUUCUUCUCAAACUCAUCUUGUUUCUUAUGAAUCCUCAUUCACAGAUGCCUUAGUGAAAACUUUCUCCUUCACUGUCCCAUAUGUUCUGGGCAGUUUUACCCCGUAAGAGUUUCAAAGUGCACACACACAAGAACACUGUCUGCUUUGGAAAAAAUCAAAUGUAUUCUCCUAAUGCCUUCUGUAAGAGGGUCCAAUAGUGGAGUAACUGUUAAGAUAUGUUAAGCUAAAUGCAAGCAUAACCAAGUGCCCCAUGUGUGAAAAUGUAAAGUUUAUAUUGUUUAUAAUGCUGAUAUAAGUGUUGUGUUGAAGUGUUGUGUUGAAGUCUCCAAGUACAGUGCACAACAGUAAUACUUUUAGUUGAAAAAUAUCAUUUUCAUUUUUGACUCUUUUAUUGAACACUGUAUUCUAGGCAUAUAUUCAGUAUAUUCAUGCAUUCUCUGAGAUUCAAACUCAUGUUCUUUGGGGUUGAUAGCCUCAUUGCCCUAUCGUUUGGGCUGCAGAAACAACAUGAAAAGAUUUGUGCUAUUAGCAUAAAGUUAUCUGUGUAAGGGUAACAUUAAACAGCUACACAUUGUAAGUAAAGAUUGUGAAUGUCUGAAUGAAUUAGGUAUACAAAUGUAAUCCAUGUCAUUUUUAAUCAACUGCACUUUAUUCACACAUCAAUUUAAAUGAUUGAACCUGGUUUUAAAUGCACUGUAUGCUACUCCUGAUCCUUUAUUUGGGCCUGUAUGUUUGCUAGAUACUAUUUUCCAGGGGAAUAUGUGUAUCUAUGCUUAACUGUUUCGCUUUCUGUGUACUGGUUAAACUUGAUCAUGCAUUGUCAUAAUGAUUUCCAGAAUUGUUUCUGAAAUAAAAUGUCCUACCUUGA